AAUAACUAAUAGGAAAUGAAUUUAACAAACAACAGCCUCAAAAACACAAACACGACCGAGAAAAACAAAACGAUCCAGCUGGGAUACUCUUCAAAGGAAUGGGAUAAAAAGGGGAAGAAACAAAAACCGAUUCUUUUCUAAUCGUCAGCGGAACGACGCCUUCGAUCGAUCGUGAUAAAAACAGCACUCUCCUUCAUCAUCAUCUACUUGUUGGCUUGUUGUUCGUGAUCCGUUUCCAAUUAGCUAAUCGUCGAUCAUUCUGACAGGUUGAAGGUAAAAAACCUUCUACGGAUUUUAACUAUCAUAGAAUCCCACCACAUCAUAGGGAAAACAAACGGAAGCUGUUGAUGGACAAGAACUUCACAAGCGACAGACAAAGUACCGCUAACCGCUGAUACAACCUGAUCUGGGCACGAAACGUUCAUGUCCAGCAGCUAGAACACGCAGCAACCUCGGUUUGUGGCAGGAUUAGCCCGUCGUCUUAACGGCGUACGACAUACCUUCAAAUGGAAAGGGUAAAUGGGUUUUUAAAAAAAUGUACACCACCCUUAGUGAGGCCCUGUCCAGCGGCUGAUGUUUUCCCCCUCGGAGCGACGCACCAGUUGAAGGUGGAUCGCACUGUCUUAAAGCUUCCUGUCAGUCGGAUCUGGAUGGUUUCCCUGCUGGCGGAUGGAAUGGAUGGUUUUUGAGGAGAGCGUGUAAUGUAGUGGCCCGAAAAAGAGUGCGAAAACGAUCAUCUAAGAUGGGAUGAUGAUGAUGAUGAUGGUGAUCGUCAUGGCGGGCAGACGAAGGAAACGACGAUAAGCCGAGCCCAACCAAAAGAAGGAAAACGUGGCUCCAGAAAUGCGGCUUUCUUUGCGGCAGGAAAUUAUAAUAAACAUGCACAGCGAAAAAAAAAGCACAUACGCACACGGGAGAUUGGAUUGGGAGUUAGUGACCCGCCGGAUCGAAACGUGUUCGCGUGUUGUGAAAGAGAAGCCUUUCCCGUGGGCGGAACUAGGCAAGAGUGAGAAAGACAUUGGCGAACUGAUUGAGGGUGAAAUUCGUUACCGAAGCACGAUCUCGAAUUGAAGUUGCACCGAACCGGACGGGUUUGGCCCGGGGAAGCACAUUACAGGCCAAGUUCGAUCUUCGCUGGUUGCCUCUCGCUGGUUGACACACUUGGAACACACGGUUCAGUCGAAACGUGCUGCUUGAACCGAUCGGUUUGUGGUGAUCGCGUUAACGAAGAAUUUCGCACUGUUCGCAACAAGUGAGCCAAAAGUGAGAGAUCGCACAGCAAAAGUUAAUGCGUUGAUGUGGUGUAUUCCCGUGUCCUGAGUGACCAGAAGAUUAAUACCGCUGUAAACGUACGUGACACAAACGUGCUCCAAAUUUGUUACCAAGGAAAAGAAAACCAAAUACAAAAAAAAUCAGUGUUAAAUCAAAUCCGCAACAUUCGCGAUUCUUCACAAGAAUAAUCGUGAACGUCAUCAAGAAGCGGGUUGCAGUCAAAGAAGAAUAGCUACUGAGCGCCCCAGUUGGGAUAGUACGGAUGGCAUCGAUAAGACAAACUGUUCGACGGGCAUGGCCAUUACCGUUGCAGCUGAUAAUCGGCGGCGUUUGUGUGCUGUUGAUGCUACAGGAUCAUCCCCAUCAUGUGGCGGAGGCCACGAUACCGACGAUUGAUAAUAUCGUAAAAAUUUUACAAUCACCCGUCGUGCAGCAACUGAUUCUUCCACGACCACUGGUCGCCGCCGAUCCGAAUGUUGUCGCAGACGAACCCGCGACUGAACCAGCGUCGAAGAAAGAUCCCAAGAAACCAUCUCACAUGAGCGAUGAAACAGCUAAAGUGUCUUCAAAAGCCAGACAGGACAGUGUUCAUGAUGAACCAGUCCGUACGUUCCUGAUACCACGCACCCGCUCGUUACCGGGUUGUCCGCUGUGCGAUGCCUCGGUUUACAGUUACUGCGAUGAAAAGGUGUACCAUGAUGCGUGCUGCUGCGGUUCCAUCAACGGUGCGGCACCGUUCGGCGGUGGUGGUGGAGGCUUUGGCGGGUUCGGUGGAUUCGGUCGCCAAGCUUUCGGUGGGCCGGGAUUUGGUGGAGAUGGUGGUUGCGGUUACAAAGGAUGUUCCUACCUUUACGCCAACUCUUGCUACGAACAUCAGCUGAUAGUGAACUGUUGCUGCAAUUCGCCAUACUAGAGAGACGUUCGGAUACAUUCGCUCAUCGGAUACUUUAAGAGUCAGUCAGUGUUAACGUGCUUCAUUUCACGAAAUUACUUGCUCCGGCUUUAAUGUUCUUCAAGUUUUGCCGCCAUGCCUGUGUCUCAUGUAUCACUUACUUCUCAAUAGGGUUAGUGUUUAAGUUUCAGUUUCGUCGAGUGCGAAAAAGGACAAAAUAUUAUUAUGAAUCUUGGUGGAUUCUUAUUUAUACAGCUGCCUUAGUUUAGUUUAGGAGGGUUCUUAUCCACCCUUUCAAUAGAGAGAGAGAGAUACAUAUAUAGAGAAUGCAAACAUUGAAGCCCACACGUACUAAGCUAAGGAUUAUAAUAAAAAAAAAAUAAAAGCGAUCAUCGAUCGCGCUCACUCUCUA